GAAUUAUAAUUUCUCAAGACUUAAUGACAUUUGUGUUAAAACAUGGUGAAUUAACAAAUUGUCAGUAAACUUUAACAGUCAACAUUUCUCUACAGAAUAUUUGUUCUUUAACUAUUGGAUUGACCAGAUCUUGCAUAUAUGACUUCCUGUUUAAAGGGGCACCAUAGGCAAUGUAUUCCAAACCUCUACAAGACAAGACAAAAAAAAGCUAUUUACUAUUUUCACAAUUUCAAGUAGUUACAUAAACUACUUACAAUACUAAACUAACACUAAGACUGAGAACUGUUAUAGACCUGUGCACAAACAAUCUGUCAGAGAAGUGUAAAGAAAAAAUCUGGAAAAAACAUUACUCUGUUUUGUAGCUUUUGUUUUGGAACUGGACAGUUGAGAGGAAAACAGUACAUGUUGGUUUGUGUUAGGAGGCUACAUGUAAUCCAGAACACAACCUUGAUCUGAGUGGUAUUAGGCAUUAGACCAGUGAGUCUCAGUAAAUAAUGUAUAGCAAAAAAUAUAAACCUCAGGUAAAAUACAAGCAGACAAUCUUAUAGUAAGUAAAUGCUUCACAGUUUCACUCCAGAUCCAUAUAAAAUGCCUUACAUUCCAAAGUAAUGGUCAUGCAUGUGUACUAAGCUAAACUCAGUUGAACUGCUAAAAACACCUGGAUUAAGCUGAAGUGGACUCCAGAGAAAUCCACAGAUAUUCUGUGUGAAGAAAUUGAUAGAUCCUUGGCUAUGAUUUUCACCAACAUCAAACAAGAACAUUCAGUAUACUUUCUGAAUAUAUUCAACAUUCUUUUUUUUUUUUUUCUUUUACUAAUUUUUUGCAUCUUUUUGGCAUUACACGGUUUAAUUGCAUGACAAAAGAAAGAAAGAAAGAAAGAAAGAAAGAAAGAAAAGAAAGAAAGAAAGAAAGAAAGAAAACUAUCAUUUUAUAAGUCGGUACAAUGUGUGCAUAACCUUCAUUUGUUAAGGCUGUUUAUUUGAAAUAAACCUUUUUACAAAAUAUUGCCAAAAACAUGUAAUACAAUAUGAAUGCAUUAGCCAAAACUAUAUUAAAGUACUAUUAUCAGUGUUGUUGAUUUCCUAAACUCAGUUAUGUUAUAUUCCAGAUUUAUGGAGAACAUCAUGUCACAUACUGUAGAUGAUAUAUGAUUAUAUGACUUGUUAGUAAUGGGCAUUACGGACAGGUUUAACGCACAGUUGCUCUCAGAUGCUCAUGAACACAAAACAACAGCAGCAACAGCAACAUGAAAUGAUGCACAGCACUAAGAGGCGUGAUUAUACAACCCAUGGGUCAUUUUUGCAUUUACCCAAACAAGCCACAAGAUGGCAGUCAGAGAUGAAAUGCCAGAUGCAGGCUAUAUGUUUGAAUAGGAUGUUGAACUUUUUGUUUUAUGUAAAUAUGUAGUUAAUAUUCCUCUGAUGAUCUUGCUUAUAUUUCAAGCAUAUUAAAUAUUGCUAGAGACUUAAGUUAGUUCCAGGAAGAUGAUGUAGCCUAGUACUGCGUGCAUACUUGAUUUAAUUUUUAUUGCAUAUUACAUUUAAACUAAGUUUCUGAGGAAUCUAUAUAAAAUGCUUUGCGAUUGGAAACGCCCAACUGCAACAUCUCGAACCUUAAAUAAUUCCCUAAAAGAUUAGCUCCUAAGAUUUUCCUUUUCUGUGGACCAUUGUUUUUCUCCAAACCUUUAUAAUACCGCAUUGUAACCAUGUCCCAGGUGCCAAUACAAUUAAUGUGCCCCAUGAAUGUUUAAUGCCCUUUUUUAGACAAUUCUCGUUUCCUAGAGUCUUCCUAGACAGGGUUUCUGGAAAUCUUUCCAGUUUUCAUUCUGUGUACACACACAUGAAUAUUACAGAGGCAAACAGAAAGCAAGAACUUCAAUACCCAGAGUCCCCCAGCAGGGACAAGCUUGCUCUACGAGUCUACGGAAGCCCAGGAGCUGCUGUUAGGCACGUUUGCACUUCGCGCUGGCGAGGUAGCGUGGAGCCAGUGGGUUUGCAGAGGAAAGAGGAACGGCGCAGGAACGCGCUCACUGCUAUCUGACUCGCGUCUCCAUCCCCGGACGCAUCGGCGUCAGACCUGCAGCGCACGAUUUGACACGUUUUGACAUUUCUGAACAUUUUCAUUCAAUCGUAGGGGCCACCUUAGGCGCUUUUCUACGUGGUUUCCUUUUUUCCCCUUCAUUCUUUUCUUUUUUUGCAUUUAGAGUUUUAUUUCAUUUUCACCAGAUGUUGACAGAAAGGACGGCAGGACGCAGGACGGCAGACAGCCGACUGGGAGAUGCCAGGAAGCGGCCGGGCAGUGGAGCGCGUUGUGCGCGCGGGCACCUGUGAGGCUGAAGCGGACGCUGCGUGUCCUGGUGUUCUGGCGUUGAUCGGUGUGACUGGUGUCGGUGCGCGCGUGAGGAGCUCGGCGGCGGCGCCGCUGCUGCAGCAGCGUGGAGCGUAAAGCGCGUUUCGCCUCCUGGUAACAAACUGGCAGGAUAGCAUUGCCAUGGAAACAUGCGAUUUGUGAGUGAGAAGAGAAUCAGUUGAGAGAAUCUAGAAAAAGAGCAUUGUGGCAGAUUCUAAAGAAAAUGAGAGAAGAGGAUAAGAUAGCAGAGGAAAAAAACAAGAGAGAGCGAGAGAGAUACAGAGAGAGAAACAGCUAAGAAUGGAAGAAGAAUAGCAGGAUAACACAAAAUAUGACCAUAGCAACGGAAAUGAUAAACAUUGGCGGAUAAUUUUCAAGGACUUUACUCGUGAAAUCUGAAGCUCUUGUUUACUGCCAGUCUUGCACUCGUACUUGCCAAGCAAGGAACUGCAGGCUGAGAGAAAGGGACUUGCCUUUGGGUCAACUGCACAUUAACAAAACAUAAGCAGAUAUUUGCUAUCUAAAUUAUAUAAAUUAUAUAUGUGUACUUGUGAUUUCAAUCAAUUUAAGAGGCAAUGAGUCGACUGUCAGGCCGUCUGAGAUCUGGAAGUAUGCGUUUGGCUUGUGACGCACUAGCUGGAGAAGACUGCAGUGAAACUGAAGGCUCCUGGAUGGGAGACAUGGGGCCCGGAGUCACUUCUGCAGGGGCAAGUGGAUCUGACCCAACUGCUUCACUGCACUAUAGAUUGUUUUCACCACCUUCACUUUCUAAUGGUCUACGUAAUCAUAACGACCAGUUUCAGCGCAGAGCAAGGAGACGCAGACAGAUGGACCAUGUGGAGCAAAUGCACAUGCAUGAACAAAUUCACAUUCCAUCACACACACGCCAACAGAUGCACGUACACCAACAACCAAUUUCAGCCAUACAAAGCACUCACACAGAACAUGUGACCACACAUCUACAAUCCCAAAUGCACAUUCAAAUAGAUACCCAUGUCCACACCGAGAGAGAUGUAAUGAUGCACAAAAAUACACAUACAGAGAUGGUCAGAUCUUCAACUAUGAAAGAGGACACCUCUCUUGUCCCAGAAGAUCUGUCUAUGACUCCAAAGACUGAAACAUACACCUCCCUUGUUCAUUCAGCCCAUCCACUGCAUACCAACCAACUCUCACAAAACUACUCAGCUCUUCAAACCAGCUCUGCAUCUAUAAGUAAGAUUGAUGCAGAGAACCCCUCUAAUACCAGUAAACUGGAGAGAAAUCCCUUAACUAACCCUGAUUUAGACCAUAGUUCUAGUGCAAGCCACAAUCCUUUCAACACCCCUAUAGAGGCUGAGAGGAAGUAUACCCUUAGGAGUUCUGGUCGGCCACGUUUCCCCUGUCACCUUCGCAAGUCAUCUCGUUUACGCAGAGCUGCAGAGGAUAGUGUAAUGAAAAGGGAUUUAGAACAAAAAGAGAUAGUGGAAGAUAGGAACAUCUGGAGAGCGGAAGAGAGUAGACAAAGAGAAGAGUGUCCUCUAGAUGUUGCUAUGGCCACUUCGUCCCUUGAAGUUUCCUCAGCUCCUACUAAUUCGAUUCAUAUGGUGCCAAAUCAUAGUAUUGGAAUACCAUUUGGAAAGGCAGCAAGUGAAGACAGCUCUGUGAUCCAGAAUUCACAGAGAGCUAAGCAACGAGGUCGUUUUUUAGGUGUGAGAAAGAUAGUGGUAAAAAUUGCAAGAAUCCCUGUGCAUCUUAGUCGACGACAGAAAAGCUAUAAGAUUUCCUCCUUAGAGCCUGUGGCAGUCGGGUCACAUGGGGAAGGUUGUACUACAGGAGACCCACCAGAAGGGGGACCUGGUGGAGAGAUGGGUCCACAUAUUUCAAAGGAACCAACUGCUCUUCUUCGCAUGAAAAACAAUGGAAAGAGUGUAAUGGUAAUGUUUCCUCCUGGAGAGCUACCAGUCAUCUUAAAACGGCGAAGAGGGCGACCACCCAAACAGGCUUUACCAGGACAGCCUGACAUGCGAGAGACUAGAGCUGGGGCUGCAAGUGCUGCAGAGCCCAAAAAACCCAGGAGGCGUCGCAGAGUAAAGCUUCCUUCCCCUCUGCCCUCAUAUGUAAAUGACACUAAUGAUGUUAAAGUUGAAUAUGCAGAUGUUCUCUCUAAACUGGCUUUCUUAAACCGGCAACCUCCUAGCACUGGCCGCUGCUCCCCACCACGCUGUUGGACUCCAACUGAACCUGAGACCUUUCACACAUCUGCAGAAAAUCCAAAUCUGUCCACACUAUUGCAUCGCCUCACAGGCUUUCGCAGAAGAGGUGGUCGUGCUGGCUGUAUGGGAGGGAGAGGAGGGGGUAUGACUGGGUGUUCAGAGUCUUUUAAGAGGUCUUUCAGUGAUUUUUUUGAGACAAUUGGGAAAAAGCGCAAGGUUCCUCUGUCUGAACCAGGAACUCCACGAAAAAGGGGGAAAGGGCUGAGUAGUGGGUUGAAGAGGGCAACGAUGAAUGAGCAAAGUAGCCUGGUGACUGGUGAAAAGAUAAGAAAGCGACGUUCGCGAAAGAAUGGAACAUUAAAAAGUGGUCAGGGGGUUCUGGAUCCAGACUGGCAAAAUGGAAAUAAUGGGUGGGGAGAAAAGUGUAAUCCAGAUCCAGGUAGUUACCAGGGCUCAUGUUCACCUCGUGGAAGCUUUCCGUCCUCUGACACUAGCAAAGGGGGUGUGUAUAAUAGCCCUGGAUUGAGAGGAGCUGGAAGUGCAGAGGAAAGUCAGGGAAUGUUUGCAGGAUAUUUUCGUUCUUUACUUGAUUCGGAUGACUCCUCAGAUUUGCUAGACAUUUCUAUGUCCAGCCCUACAGGACACCAAGAUGCUCGUAAAAUCACUCCAGGUUAUGAGGUUAGCAGUCAAGGUGCAGCCCACUGCUGGUCUCCAGCUUUCCCUAAAAGAAGCCCUAAAGUAGCAGCUGGUACUGGAGAAGGGGUAUCUCUUUCUUCAGCCCAAUCUCAUAGCAGUUCUGCAAAUAGGACACCAUAUAUAUACAGUGCAUCACAAACAUCCCCAACCACUUCUUUCCCAAAAUCCCCUGCUCUUUCUCUCUCUCGAUCACCCAGUUCUCCUCAUCCUUCUUCUGGUUGUUUUUCCCAAUAUCCAGCCACAUAUAGUGGAAAUGUGCCCCAAGGAGCAGGUGUUUGCCCUGUGACUCAGCAGCAGCACAGAUCAAGUGACUGCAGCUUUACCUAUGGCACUAAAACAACCCCUGCCUCUUCAACACAACGGCACAUGAAUUAUUUAAGUUUUCAAUCCUCUGCUAAACGACAGUAUAGUGCAUAUCCUGGACCUACCAAUGUCCCCAUGCAGCAGAAUGAGUCUGUUGGUCCAUCAUCCCCAAGUGGAAGUUACAUGUCAAUAUCAAAGACUAGCUCCUUCUCCUCAACAUCAUCUCCUCCUGAAGGCUCUAGACAAUACCAGUGUUCUGCCCCUUGGGUUUACAGACAAGGGGGACCUACCUGGGGUGGUGAUGGAUUUGGUACUCAUCAGUUUCAUAGCUUCUCUGACUAUGGAGUCAGCGGCACAAGCUCUGAGUCCAAAGACAUCCUAGACAUAUCAAAUUACACACCCCAAAAGGCAAAACAGCGUCCCUGCCCAGACACAUUUUCUGAGUCCUCUUCUGAUUCCUCACACACAGGGAUCGUAAGCAUGGGGGGGACAUUCUGCCCUAGGGAUGCACCAGUAUCUGAGGGGCAGUCAAGCCUGUCAAGCUUGGAGAAACUGAUGUUAGAUUGGAAUGAAAAUUCUGCAGGCCCAUCAUAUAACUGGAGUCAGAAUGUCUUGUUUCAAGGUGGGACUAAACCAGGCAGAGGCCGAAAGAAACGGUCUGAGGCACAGAUUGAAAAGGAAAUGGGCCAUAUUACACCAGGAUCACCUGCAAGUCCUCCUGUGCAGGGAUGUGGACCAAAGCGUAGUGCUUCUGCGGGACGCCAACCUAGGGGGAGUAGGGGCAGGGGAGGAUUUUCUUCUUGCCAACGAGAGCGAUCUUUACCACCAAAGCCCAAACUUCAAAAGCCUGCAACUCCACCAGCAGCAGGACCAAUGACUUCAUCGGGGGGAUUAUACCACGAAACAUUAGAUUAUUACAGUGGAGAUAGCAGUAGCCUUUCACCACUAAGCCAUGCUCCUGAGCUCUGUGAAUACCCCUCUCCAUACUCAGCCCAUACCUCGACUCCAUCUUCUGAUGAAAGAUUUGCUCAUGUUUACCCCUCAGACUCUGCCUCUCUUUCUCCCGGUCUGUCAACUCAGACAGAUGUCCUUAAGCAGCACCCUAAACCAGCACCCCCUUCACAGACAUAUGGACAUACUACCAGGACAUUCAGCCCUACACUAUCUCCUAGUCCUCGCCUUCCACCACAGUGUAGCUCAGCCAUGAGUCCACACCGGGUGCCAAAGGACCAAUUUCCACAGUAUGACUCACCCAGUUACAGUAGCUCUCCUUGCUGGUAUGGGCAGGGUGGGAGUGUUGCUCAUAGUCCCCAGAGCUUUGAAGAGCUGCGCUCCACUGCCAUCGCUAUGCCCUCACACAAACGGGACAUGUCUCUAAUUAGCCCUGGGAUGAGAGCACCAUCCCAUUCUCCUUACACUACACCUUUACUAAGAGGACAUGCUAUGUCUUCUUCUUGUGUGGGUGGAAGUCAAGACUCUUCUCCCCAGCAUGAGGAGCUGAGUUAUCAUGGUAAUAUGGACAGCUAUGCACCCACAGGGCACCGUUAUGUGUCCCAAAGUUCCCGAGGGGGGGUUCUCUGCCAACUGUUGGAUCAACCUAAUGAUGAAGGCUUCACUGUCACCAGCCUGUAGUUAGCAUUGUUGCACCAUCCCAAUACAGAUGAUUUGGACUACACCAUUUUCAUAUUUCUAAUAUUUUAUAAGAAUGUGCUGUUACAGAAGAAACUUGAUAGAUAGAAUUAAGGAGAUUUGGAACUGUGGACUACAAGAUGAUUUCUUCAGCAGUGACAAUCAACACACACACACACACAAAACACAUACGUGCACGCACACACACAUGCACACACACAUGCACACACACACACACACACACACACACUAAAACAACUGAAAUAGCACAUGCAUACACAGAUAGAUGCUCCUACAUGCACAAGACCAGUUGUGAAGCUUGGGUGGUGUUUUUUUCUGGAUGGACAGACAUACGUUAAUGUCAACUAAAAGAACUCCUCCGCUGAAGUGCAGAAAUCCUCAGAAUGCAAAUAUUACUCAUUUAAACAGAAACCCAGAUAUGCUUGCAACAGUUGUUCAAUAUGAUGUGAGAGAUCAUGCAAAAGGUUUUUGGCCUUCACACCGAUCUCUCUGUUUUUUUCCUCUGCUCUGGUUCUCUAUAUGUGUCUUUUCUGUCUCUUCUAGUCUCAACAUCAUCUUUGGUCACGUCAGUAGGGAUUAAUUACUUACUCCCCAGAAUAUAUAACUUUUUCAGGGUUUUUGAUGGUGACCCUACUCCUUACGCAGACUUUAUCCCUUUUUCCCACCUUAUUUGCUGUCUGCUUCAAAAUACCAGCAUCUGUACAUAAGUCACACCAACCAAGUCAACACCAGAAAUAACAAUGCAAUGAUAUAAAUAACUGAAGCAUAGCAAUUACAGAAGUGGAUAGAGUUUUGCAAAGGCUGUAAAUUUAUUACCAAAUUAUUAUGAAAGUUACAGAAUUUCUGUUAUGUCCUUUAAGAAGUGAUGUCAAUUUGAAAAGUGAAUUUAAAUGGUUUCACUUGAUCCUGUGCAAAUAAUUACUUAUUCUAAACAAGGGUGUUUUUUUUGGCCCAAUAGGAUUUAUCUCAAUCAAAUGCCUUUCCCUGUUCUUGCUCACGGCCUGCCGCAUGGUCAUAUUUUGCCCAACACCCAGUUCUUGUCUCUGUAUUUUUGUAAUUUUCUGUCGGGAGGACAGACACUCAUGCACUGACCCCAAAGAUGCUGCUCUGGCAAAGGUGCUGAGAGGCCAGUCUUUCUAAACAUGGAGGUCUGGAACUCAGGGUGUGGACAAUGCCUAUUCUCCUAUUCAUACUGCUCUCCUUCCUUUUUUCUCUCUUCACUGUUCCUAUUUCUUGUGGUCUGCUGUGUCGUACAGUGAUUUUUUUGUGGUGAAAUACUGUAUCUGUCUGUUCCAUAUACUGUAUCUACGGUGGGAAUAUUUAAAUACACAUUCUGUUCUUAUCAUUGCGUAA